AGAUGGUGCGCAGCCGGCGACGCGUCCUCCCCGCUCUCGCUCGCUCGCAUCGUCUUCGAGAUCGCGGGCUCGGCGCACCUCUGGUCGUGCCGCCGCGAGUAUGUCCGCCUCUGGUGGGAUCCCGCCUCCAUGCGCGGCCACGUCUGGCUCGACGCUAGCGCGCCCGGCGCGCCGGGGCCCAGCGCUGCGGGGGCGCGCGGUGGGUGGUGCUCGUGGACGACGACACCGUGCUGUCCCCGGACAACCUGGUGGUGUGCUCGGGAAGUACGACUGGAGGGAGAUGGUGUACGUCGGGGCCUCGUCGGAGAGCCACUCGGCCAACACCUAUUUCAGCCACGGCCCCUCGCCGCUGUGCUCGCGCGGACACUCGACGUGUGCAUCGAGAGGUACCCCAGGCUGUAUGGAAGCGACGACCGCCUCCAUGCUUGCAUCACGGAGCUUGGCGUACCCCUUUCGCGCGAAUAUGAAUUCCAUCAUGUAUGUUUGGGUGUUCAUAUUUUUGAUAGACAAACACUAAUAGGUGCACUUGACUGUUUGAGGAAAUGCCAACUGAAAGCGAAAUUCAGUUAGAACUAGCCUUUUGCAUGUGUGUUCUUGAUGCUUCAUGUACGACCACAUAGUAGGGACGCAAUAAAUAUUUCUUAGCUAGGUUGCUUGCCUAAUGAAGCUCCCAUGUGGACCAUUUACUCC